GCUUGUUAUGGCAUGGUGUUAGCCUCAGCUAGCCUCCUAGCUUCUGCAGCCUGAUUUUCAUUUAAUAAUACUUCUUCCUGCUCGUCGAGUUACGACGUGCAACUUCGUCAAGCCUCGGUUGCCCCGGUAACGGGAGAAAGGUGAGUCGCAGAAGCGGGGAAGACCCCGGGAAAACUGACGUCACCAGACGGAGCUCCCCCCCACCCAUCACCAACAUCCAGACUGCUGCUUUCAGAGCUGGCCUCGACUGGACUGGUGGCCGAGAUGGUGUCAUUUGUGAGCGGUGAAUGUGGCUCCGAGACCGGUUACAAACGGAGGAGGACAGCCGGUGCAUCACCUCCAACUGACGCGCUCACACCGGUCCAGCAGAGGCAGACUGCCCGGCACAGAAAGCAGACGCUCAUGUCCAAGCUGAGUGACUCCGGUUUCGAGGAAGAUUUGGGAUGCUCACCAGUUUUAUCCCCGGCUCGGAUACAUGUUUCCCCGCUCCGCACAGCUUCAUCAGACGAGCCUCCUGCAGGGCAGCCGUCCACCUGGUACCUCCAGUACGGUGACAUCGGGUACAAGAUCCAGAGGGAGAAAGAGGCGCAGUUUCAUCCCUGCAAAAGCUUGGCUCGCCAGCCACAAUUGACUGCAGAGGCACGGUGUACGCUCGUCAGCUGGCUCAUCCCUGUGCACAAACAUUUCCGUCUGUCCUUUGAGUGCUGCUGCCUGGCCGUGAACAUCAUGGACAGGUUCCUGGCAUCCACGCCAGUGGCUGCUGACUGCUUCCAGCUAUUGGGUGUCACUGCACUCCUCAUAGCCAGUAAACAGGUGGAAGUAUGCUCACCACGGAUCAGCCAUCUCCUGUCGUUCUGCUGUGACGCAUUCACUAAAGAGCAGCUCUGUAACCUGGAGUGUCUCAUCCUCCUCCGUCUCAACUUUCACCUCGCUGCACCCACUCUGGCCUUCUUCCUGGACUAUUACACCAACUGCACUGAGGCUGCCCAGCUUGUGUCUGAGAAAACAGGUGGCGACAGGUGUGCCAGAACCAAUCCAGACACAAAAACACCCAAGCGGUGCAGCAACCUUGCACGAAAGGUGUGUGAGUUGACUCUAGCAGACUAUGCCUUCAACAAAUAUCCACCUUCUCUGACUGCGAGCUGUGCGCUGAAGCUAGCCCGCGAGUUACUGCAGACCGAACAAGGGCUUGUCGAGCACGCAGUCAUUCAGGUACAAGAAGACCAGUGUGGCAGCUUUGUGGAUGAACUAUGUGCCCAACCAGCAUCUGCUCAACAAUCUGAGAGCCCUGAGGUCUCUGAGGGCUCUCUCAAGGGUCACUCCAUGUCUGUGUGUCAGGGAAACUUCAGCCACAACCUGAUCCAGGAGUGCAAAGACAAUCUGAAGCUGUUGGUGUCAUUAAACCAGGAGACACUGGAAGUAAUGUCCACCAUGUGACCAAAAUGCCAAAUUCCCUCCACUUUGUGAGGUUAUAUUCUCGGAGCUGAUGACGAAGUAAAGCCUGGUCUUUAUGCAGACCUAUUUAACUUCAUGUAUACCUCAUACAAUCAGUUGAUUGAAGCCACUGAAUGUUUUACAACUUAGCAUCGUUGUUUUAUAUUUAUUGACACCAUGUUGUUGUUGUUUAUCAAUGAAGUAUUUUAAUAUAUUCUGUUUAUAUUCUAAAUCAAAGUCAUUAUUUACUGUAUAUGCACUGACAUGCUGCAGAUUUAUGAUGUUCUGUUACUGUUGCAAUCUCUUUAAUGAAGGACCUGGAAAACUUGGAAA